CGCGCCGCAACCCACACCCCGCCUGUCUCGCCCUUCGCUGCGACCGCGGCGUCUCAGAGCGCCGCUGCUCGUCCCUCUCCUCCGUCCAGACGACAGACAGCGCCCCUCAGCCCCGCUGGGCCCCGGCAGAAUUCGCCCUCCACCGACUCCCCGCCCGCGUCGCCAGCCCUCAACAUGACUAGGACGCGUGCAGAGACAGCGGCGCCCCAGCUUACCGUGCGCAACAGCGCCGGACCUACGCCGGCGUCGAUACCCCGUCCGUCCGACCACGACAGCGCCAGCGACAACGCUGCAGAGGGCUCGACGCCGCAGAAGCACCUGCCCUCCAUUCGCUUCAUCCCUCACCAGGACCCCCGAGCCGGUCGCCCGUCGCUCCAGUUCCCUACCAUUACCCGCACGCUGCCAGACGAGUCGGCUGUGGUGCGAGUAGGGCGCUACUCAGAGCGCGACAACGUCCCCGAGAUUCCAGCAAACACGCCCUCAGCCGCCGCGAUUGGAUUCAAGAGCAAAGUGGUAAGCCGGAAACACUGCGAGCUGUGGUGUAAGGAUGGCAACUGGUACAUCAAGGAUGUCAAGAGCUCCUCAGGAACCUUUCUCAACCACAUCAGGCUGAGCCAGCCGAACGUCGAGUCCAAGCCUUUCAGGAUAAAGGAUGGUGACAUCAUCCAGCUUGGAAUCGACUUCCGCGGUGGUGAAGAGAUGAUCUUCAGAUGUGUCAAGAUCCGUGUUGAGUGCAAUCGCGGUUGGCAGCAGGGGCUCAACACGUUCAACAAACAAACACACCAGCGACUGCGCAACCUCACCAAGGCUAAGAAAGAGGGUGACAGCGCAUCCACACAUACGUCUGAGUGCGCCAUCUGUUUGAUGUCCAUAGCGCCUUGCCAAUCUCUGUUUGUCGCACCUUGUUCGCACGUCUGGCACUACAAGUGCAUAAGGCCCAUCCUGAAUGGACCCACAUGGCCCAACUUCCUCUGCCCUAAUUGUAGAGCGGUAGCUGAUCUGGAGGCCGAUGUUGAGGAUCCCGGCGAGUUCGAAGACUGGGAAGAGGAGGCGCAAGCGAAUGGCGACGCAGCUCCAAACCCGGAACAUCCACCUGAAGACCGUCACGUCACACCCCGGGCUUCAGCAGUCCCUUUGAACGGGUCAGCGACAGCAGAAGCUGGCCACACCGAUCUCUCUGAUUUACAACAAGCGAUCACAAACUUCAGCAUCAACGAAUCGAUUACGAAUCCGCAAACGCCAUUUCGCCCCAUAGAACCUAUGACAGCAUCCGUCACCCAGCCUGUAUCUAUUGAUCGCGGCGCAGAUGGAUUUGAUGGCCUGUCACCGCUGCAUCUGGCCGCUCACGACGGACUAGCACCCGACCGCGCACACGAUGGACCGAUGACCCCACGCAACGACGCCGGUCCGUUCGUUCUGGAUGGUAGUGCUGGACGAGCCGGGGGAAGUCGACUGAGGGACGAAUCGCCCGGUUCUGGGGAAACAGACGCGCCUUCCAUACCUCCCGUACGAUUCGACUAGGGGUUGAGUCCGCUAUCGAGCCCAAAUGCGACUUGUGUACAUGGCCAGCGCUUGAAUGCACGCCCAUUCGACUGCCACCUUUGUAGGCGGCCAUCAAUAUAUUAACAGCGCGGGGGAGUGAGCAUCUGCAUAUUUAUCGUGAAGAGGCGUAGCGACGGAAGUAAUGUAUUCCGUCUGUAUGUAUUUGGAGGACCCAGCGUUCACUUGGGGUCCGGGCGUUGGUGGAUCAACAUGUUGUUUACUAUUCUUAUUAUGGGCGCGGCCAAGUCGUGCGAGCGAAGAGCGGGCAUGGGUAGAGUCAGGUAUGUUUGACGACGACAACAAUUUCAAUGAAACCCG